UCAUUUGCUCACACCCAGCGGGGAGAGAAGGCAGCGGCCCAGCAGCACUGCCACCUUCCCAUGCAAAUCUGCCCCGGGAGUGCAGCUGGGGCCCUCCUGCUCCUGCCUCCCAGGAGAUGCUCCUGGGGAGGCCUUGGGGAAGAUGCCACCCCGGGCGCUGUGCUCUCUUCCUCGGCGUGGCCCUCCUGCUCGACGCUGUGGGCCUGGUCCUUUUGCUACUGGGCAUCUUCGCCCCCCUCGACUUCUGGGACUUCUUGGUCUACACGGGGUCCCUGAUCCUGGCUUUCAGCCUGCUCUUCUGGACCAUCUGGUACUCCCUCAACAUCGAGGUGCCUCUUGAGGGACUGGACUUGUAGUUUGGAUGUGGGCAGAGGAGGACGGACACAGGCUUCCUGGCAGGUGUAAGGGCAAGGGCAUACUGCUGUUCCCACCCAAAAUGCCCCACCAAGGACCAGCCCGGGUCCCGUCUGGUGGAGAAGCAGCAAAGCAGGCAGAUGCCCUGUCUCUGCAGUACAUCCUGUAACAGAACCCAGGAGGAACCAGAGGCUGUGAGGUGGAGGCUUUCGAAGCGCCCCCUGGGAUGCCAGGAAUGGCCACGAGUGCCCGGCUUCCGGCGGCUUCCAGGCCCCACCAAGAGACCAGCAGCCCUGCCCCGGCCACUGACACCUCUGCUGGCGCCCCAGCGUGUGUAAGGGUCUGGGGAGCCCCUAACGUUCGCACAGGGGGGCUUUUACGGCAAUAACCCUGCCACUGUGAGCUUGGGCACCGAAUGAGAAGUCCUGUCCUCCACUGUUCCUCUCGUCAACGCCCCUUUAAAGAACUGUUGGAACCAAGUACAAAAGCCAGAACGGGAUCUCCUGCGAGGACGAAUUGUGCGGAACUGCUUAGACAGACUGUGUGAGGCCUUGGAGGGCCCACCUCUUCCAUCUCUUGGUGUCGACCAGUCGGCCCGUGGUAGCGUAUUUCCACAUGCCAGUUGCCAAGGCAAGUGCAGGGCCCGUGCUGAGUGCAGGAGGCCCCCUCCUCGGUGCUGGACGCCGGGAACCACCAGGGCCACCCCCAGCUUGCACAGCCGGGCCACACGGGAGCCUUGCGUUGCGCUUUUAGUCACAGGAAACCCUCCGGGCAUUUUUCUGACAAGCAAGCUGGGCUCUGCUGAGCUGUCCUUGCGUCAUUCGUUUCUUGAUCCUAAGAGCAGGACUCUAUUUUUAUCUUAAUUCAAUUGCAUCUAGUCUAAUGCAGCCCAACUAGAGCACCUAGCAACCUUCACAGGCUCAUCAGACAUCCUCACGCCUGUCACCUGUGCUCCAGCUGCCCCACUAAUUUAUAUUUCCCCCCGCUUGAUUUUGUACUUUUUAUUUAUGGCUCACCCUAAAUGUGUAUGUGUUUCUUAGAAGCUGCCUCAGAUCUUUUCCGGUGUGAGGUAGUUACCUAAAUAAAGAAGCCAACUGGCCUUCUGUG